GUGAGUGUGUGUGUGUGUGUUUAAUGUAUUUCUCAUACAAAUAUAUUAUUGCCAUGUUAUACUGAUUUAUUUCUCGUCAUUAUGCGAACUAAUUUACAUUUUGUGAUGUUUAAUUCACAGUUCAUUUCUCUUUAGAAAGAGCUGGAGAUAAGCAUUAUAAUUCUGGUUAAAUAAUGAGGGUUCAUUUUUUUUUUUUUUUUUACAUACUUCUUCAUUCUCCCAGUUCACACAGACUUGAACAAUAGAAAUACGAACAUAUUUCCUAUCAUGAAUAUGAAAGACGGCAGAGCCAAUGAGAGUUUGUAAGGACACAUGUAGCACCGCCUCAGGUUCAGCUCAACCCUGUUCUGCAGGAUCUUCUUCAUCUGAAUCUCUUCAUCCUAAAUCCAGCGGAUCCAGGCCACAUACGAUAAACAGAGCAGAAGGAAAGAUUUUCUCUUUCUGAGAAGCCAAAAUCAAGCAGAAAGAAAAUGAAUGACAGAGUUCCUCUGUUUUCAGAUGAAGGUGCCAUCGAUUCAUUUGUUUCAGAAAGACAAUCUUCUGCGGUGCGACGACGGACACUAAAUCAGACACACCGACAUCACAACUACGAGCAUCAUGGGAGGACACAGCAAUCCACAGAAGACAGAAGAUCGGCUCCAUCUGAACUCAGGAUUGUGCUGCUGGGUAAAACUGGAUCAGGAAAGAGUUCAGCGGGAAACACCAUCCUGGGCAGAGAGUAUUUCAUCAAGGCUGUUUCUCCAGGAUCGGUUACUGAGACCUGUGAGAGAGGAGAAGCACAGAUUGGUGAGCGGAUCAUCUCAGUCGUCGACACGCCAGGCCUGUUUGAUACACGGAUGUCAGAGGGGGAAAUGAAGAGUGAAAUAGUGAAAUGUGUCUACACGUCUGCUCCUGGUCCUCAUGCGUUUCUGCUGCUCAUCAGACUGGGUGUGAGAUUCACAGAAGAGGAGAAAAACACAGUCAAAUGGAUUCAGGAGAACUUUGGAGAAGAAGCUACUCAAUACACCAUCCUUCUGUUCACUCACGCUGAUUAUCUCAAGGGAAGACCUUUAGAUCUGUACAUCACUGAAAGUGAAGAUCUCCAGGCUCUCGUAAAUAAGUGUGAGGGCAGAUAUCACCCAUUUAACAACGAAGACAUGAGGAACCGCGAUCAAGUCACAGAACUGCUGGAGAAGAUUGAGAUCAUGGUGGAGAAGAACGGAGGACAGCACUACACUAAUGAGAUGUACCAGGACGCUCAGAGAAAGAUACGCAAUAGAGCACAGUUCUGGGCUGAAAAACCUCGCUUUGUGCUGCUGGGUAAAACGAAAUCAGGAAAGACCAGCGUGGUAGAAACCUUCCUGGGCCAAAGGAGAUCUGACAGCAGAGAGCUAGAAGCUUUCGUGUGUGGAAAGAGGAUGAUAAUAAUUGACACUCCUGGAAUGAUUGAUGCACCAGAAGAGAAGAUGAAGGAAGAAAUCGAGAAGUUUGUCUUCAUGUCUGCUCCCGGUCCUCAUGUGUUUCUGCUGGUGAUCAAACUGGACACGAGAUUCACAGACGAGGAGAAUAACACCGAGAGAUGGAUUCGUAAGAACAUUGGAGAAGAUGCUUUAUGUCACACCAUCGUUCUGUUCACUCACGCCGAUCAUCUGACGGGGAAAACAUUAGAUGAAUAUAUCAGAGAGAGAAGCCUUCUCCAGUCGCUGGUUCAAGGCUGCGGUGGCAGAUUUCACUCAUUCAACAACGAGAAUAGAGAUGAUCACAAUCAGAUCUCAGAGCUGCUGGAGAAGAUCGAAAACAUUGCAGAGAGAAACCAGUGGAAGUUCUACACAAAUGAGAUGUUUAAAAACAUGAUUCAAAAAAAGAUCUUUAAUGAAAAACUAGAAAAAACCCUAAAUAAAGUCACAGCAGGAGCAGCACCAGCAAGUGUAGGAUUGAUAACAGCAGGUUUGCUAGCAGAGCCAGUCGUAGCACCAGCGCUAAUCAUUGCAGGAGUUGUGUUUGCGGUGGGAGCCGCUGGAGCCUUUGUCUGGAGAAAAUGUGGCAAAAAAUCUGUUUGUUGUGACAUUCUGGAUAGCAGGGAUUAAAGUUCUUCAAAUCCACUGAAAAAACAUCCACUGAAUGAAUUCUGCACUUCACUAAUUCUCUCAUAAUAGCCAUCGGAGUGCAGAUCUGAUAUAAGCAUCAGUACUGGAGCUGUGCAUUAGGUCUUAAAGUGACAGCAGCCUGAUAUACCUUUUAUUCUUAAAUGUUAGUGUUACAUGGGUAAACAAAAACAACAGAAAAUAUAACUACUUUAGUUUCUUAGUAGUUAAAUGAAGCAACAGUUAAAGUAAUAUAAAGUAGUCUGACAAAAAUGUUAGGUGUUAGAGUUAGAUGACAUGUGCAGUUAUUAGUAAGUGGCCAAAUUAACCUGACCUUAUGUUUAAUAUGUCUAAAGUUUUUCGGUGUGGUUUUUAUUUAUAUAAUUCAAAUCUGAUCUUUUAUUUAUGUUUUCACUGUGCUAUUGUCACGCACACCAGCUGGAGUGCCCUUGAUAGCCACCAGAGGGAGCUCCAUUCAAACUGUUGCUCCUCUGUCAUGGACUUCAUUCCCCACAAUCCUUUGCACAUACGCCUUGUCCAAGUCUUGCAGGUCUCAUUAUGUCAUUUCUAAGCCUCGUAUGCUGGUUUUGAUCAUCAGUCUGUUGUUCUGGACCCUGUCAUUAUCUGUCUGUGAAUGACCUUUGUCUGUUUUUGGACUACUUCUGUGGAUUAACCCUUCAAUAUAUUCUGUGUUUGGAUCCUCAACCUUUCGGUCUCUUUAUGUGUUUUUCAGUUUUAUAUUUUUAGUUAAAUGUUAGUGAUUUAUAAAGUUGUUAUUUGUACUCAAAUGUGAAUAAUAAACUGCAAAAGACAGCUUUUUAAACAUGAA